AUGGAAGAAAUACCUGAAUCUUUAUCAGAGAGUUUAUUUAUCCAAAAAAAACGCAAACUUCAGGUCUCAAACGAACAGAAAAAUGUCACAUCAGGGCCAAUUGAUAUAGAAACUAAUCAGCGGGGGGUUUUCCCACAAAUGCUUGAGUUAGAUGACCCUUCAGAAGAAGAUGAUGAACUUCCUUUUGAUGGUAUUUCAUAUUUAAAGCAAGUGCGUAUAGAAGCAAAACAAAGACCAGGGAUUAUGACUGUACAUUUGCCACUAUCAGUUUUAACAGAAUCUGUGCAAACAAUAAACAAAACAAUAAAGGAAGAGAUAAAAUUAGAGAAGCAGCUUACUACGUGUGAAACUAAAGCAUAUUCAUUUAUUUGGGAAGAGAAGUUUUUGGAAAAAUUUAUAGUAUUACGCACAUCGUUCAGUUCUUUGAAAACUCAAUCUACCUUAUUGUCACUACCCAGAAAUAAGCCAGAGUGGCGUCAGCUAAUUCUUCAAGCAUUGCAAGCCCCUACACUGUCAAUGCUGUGUUGCAUUGAUCAAUAUACAGCUCUAAAUUUGCUAAAAUGGAAUACAGGAUGGCUUUCAUGUAACAGUCCGCGACAACAAAUGAUAUGGAUAUUUUUUCUUCUUGUAAAAAUAGAUAUGGUGAUGACAUCAGAUGAACUUAGUAUUUUAAGAGAACUCUGUAAAAAAUGUUUAAUUCUUAGAAAAUCAAAAACAAAACUUCCUUUAUAUAUUCAAUCUAAUAUAGACAUGGUGAUUUCAAUUGUUGGAAAUUUAUUUGGUCAAAAGGAUCUACUUUUAAAAUAA